GAAUCAGUACAAAGAUUCUCAAAAAAAGAACAAUCUGAGCAAAAGAAGAUAAGAGAAGUAAUUAACCAUAUUUACAUGGUCAUUUACAAUCAUAAGAAAGAUUGUGAUUGGCGAAAACAAAUGAAUUUCCGACAACCAGACACUCAAUUUGCAAUGCAUUUUCAUUUUUUAUAAACUAAUCUAAUUAUCACUUUCACAAACUUCAAAUCCCAUGCCAAUUCCAUAGAUUUCAAAUUCUCAAAUUUUCUUGAUCAAAUUGGAAAUGGCAGCUUUUGCUGCUUCAGUUGCCCCUCAAUGGAUCCCUGAAGAUGAUCUCUUAUUAAAGAACGCUAUUGAGGGAGGUGCUUCUUUAGAAGCACUGGCUAAAGGAGCAGUAAGGUUCUCAAGAAAGUUUACACUGACAGAAUUGCGGGAUAGAUGGUAUGCUCUUCUUUAUGAUCCUGUUAUUUCUAAAGAAGCUUCCACCAAAAUGUUUGAACUUGAACUCUCUGAUACUAAUACUAAUAGUAAAGUGAGUUCUGCUGAUGUUUCUGCUAAAAGAAAGGUUGAUAGUGUUAGGAGAUUGUAUUACGUGAUGCGAAAAAAGAGUAGGAGUCAUGCCGGAAGUUUUAUCGGUCAAUUGGGUUCUAGUUGUCGAGAUAGUGUGGGGUUUGGUGAUCAUGAUCGAACCCAUUUUGGAUUUGUUGGGGAAAAAUGUUGUGGUGAAGUUAAUGUUGGGGUUCCUUCUUUUGAACAUGAUAGCUUGGGAGGAAUUGUUUCGGAUAAUGUUGUAGAUGGAAUAGUUGAUUAUCAGAGAUGUGGUUCGUUGCCGGAAAGUAGUAAUUUGUUUCCUGCGGAAGAGGAACUUUUGUGUCCGUUGGCUAUGUGGGAAAUGGUUGGGGACAUUUCGGUAUCUGCAUUGCCGAUUGGUGUAAGCAAGGAAGAUAAAGGUCAGGAACAAGAAGUGAUGCACUGUAAUGAUGUGGGAUUGGAUAGUAAUGAAAGAAUGCAUGCUAUUAAUCCAGAGGCAUUAUUGCAGGACAAACAUGAUCUUGAUGUACUUCAUAAUUCAACUGCAAUCUCAGAAUGUGAUUAUGCAGAUAUUUCGGAGUUGCUUCUAGUAGCUGCAGAUACGGAGGAGGCAAUAGAUAAAUCUUGUAAUGAUGGCAUUUUGGCGACUUCUCCUAAUGAUUGUCAUGGCACUUCACCAAAUGUUAAAGAUUCACAUGCCUUAGUUUCAAAUAAAAGCCUUGAAACCCCGGCCAGUCCAUGUCCAUUGGUGGCUAUGGCAGAGGGUUUAGUCUCUGGUGAUGUUGAGCAGCAUGUUGACUUUAAUUCAGAAAUUAGUUUAGCAUCAUUUACACCAGCAGCGAAUAUAGAUAAUUGUGAUGUAGAAAUGGAAUGUAUUUUAAAUACCGAGGAUGCUGAGAUUCCAUGCAAUGACGAUGUCCUCUUACGUAAAGAAUUUACUUCUGCUAUUGGAAGAACCUCAAAGAUAAGUGGUUGUCUGUCCUCAUCAGGCACUAAUCUGAAGGUUCACAAACACGAGCAAAGCUUGGGGAAGAAAGAAGAAAAUCCUGCACAAUCUAUUAUUAUUUCCCAAACGAAGGAACUGGCAAUGUUGCCAGUAACCAUCCCAGGUCACCAAUCAGUUGGCUGUGGAGCCAAAUGCCAAUCUCCUGAAGAUGUUGCCUUCAGACUGGCUAGCAAUGGUCAUAGAGACUCAAAUCAAUGCAGAACAGCUCAGGCCUCUCUAGGUGUUGCCAAGGUUGGGAUGUCAUUACAUGCUGGUAAUGCCACUGACUUGCCAUUAUAUGGACAAGCAUGUUCCCCUAAACAAAUAACAUCAAUACCCGAAGAAGACCCCUCAAUGUCAAGUGACGAGGAAUCGGAGAGUGAUGAUGGUGUGCCAUCGUAUUCUGAAAUUGAGGCCAUGAUACUUCAAAUGGACCUAUGCCCAGAUGAUACAGAUUAUUAUAAUUAUAGAGAAGUCUCAAGGUAUCAAAAUGAGGAUACUAGAAGGACAAUUAUAAGGCUGGAACAGUGUGCUCAAUCAUCCAUGCAAAGAAGCAUUGCAUCACGAGGUGCACUUGCUGUAUUUUAUGGGCACCGUAUAAAGCAUUAUAUAAGGGAAACUGAGGUCAUACUCGGCAGAGCGACGGAUGAUAUGGAAGUUGAUAUUGACUUAGGAAGAGAAGGGCCUGCCAAUAAAAUAUCAAGACGGCAGGCGCUCAUAAAGCUGGAAGCAGAUGGUUCCUUCUUGUUGAGAAAUCUUGGUAAGGUUCCAGUAUAUCUGAAUGGCCAAGAAAUUGUCACCCGACAGAGUUCAUUUCUUGGUUCGAGUAGUUUGAUUGAGAUUGGAGAAAUGGCAUUCAUGUUUGAAAUCAAUAGCAAAUGUGUGACACAAUAUCUGGCAAAUGCCAUGAAAAACCGGCAAGGUAUGAAAUUUGAAUGGAAAGAAGGGGAUCCGUGAACUGGUUCCGUAUUGCUUGAGAUGGAAGCACAUACAUUGUACAUAUAUGUACAGCAGAAAAUUAUGCAUCUUAGGUAGUAAAUAUGUUUAUUGAACACAGAUCUUUGUAUAUUAUGAAUAAAAUUGAUUUAUCAGCUGAUGCAGAUAUUAAGAGAAAAGGUAAUAUUGAGGAAAGUGAUGAUUAAUCUGUA